CUCAAUCUGUUGUUAUUAUUAUUAUUAUUUAUCUCCAUGUCAAUUUUUCUUUUCUUAGUUUUGCCAAAACAGGCUACCCAAUAAGGCCUCCAAUUUUUAAUCACAUCCUUAUUAUAGCUUCUUUUUCUUCUUUCCAUUUCUCUUUGAGGGUUCUUUUGACUUUCUCUAUUUAUAUGUUCUUCUUCUUAUUUAUUUAUUUUUUCAUUUUCUACAACUUGCGAAUAUGCCUUUUCCCUUUAUAGUUAGAUAAGAUAUUGAAAGUGAAAGCUACAAGUUGCAAAAUGGAGCUAAGAUGAAUAAGUAUUUGGGGAAAUAAUCUCUAGGGUUUUGUGGUAUGAGAAUAAAGCAACAAAUACAUCAAACCUAUAUAGAAGAUCAUCUCUUCUUUAGGAAUUCUUUCUGCUUGUGUGAAUCUUUCUAGGGUUUUCCUUUCGUUUUCCACUAUAGUAUGCUGAUACCUACUUUGUUUUCAGUUCUCACUACCUUGAGUCACCAGUGGUUGUGAAAAUCUUUGAUAUAUUCCCUACUGUAUUUUUAUGUAAAGGAUUUAUUCGUACUUGGGUUGUAAUUUUUGUACAUACUUCUUUAAAUCAUUUCUUAGAGUUCUGGGUCAGUAAUGUUCUUGUAAAAAUCCAAACAUUUUUAAAGCUCUGAAUAAAAAGGAUUUAGUAGCCUUUCUGUGUGCUAUUGCUUAUAUUGGUAUAGCAGGAUUUCUGGGUUCUUGCCUACCUCAUAAUAUCCGUGAUCAAAACCAAGACAUGGUGAGAGGAAAGAUUCAAAUGAGGAGGAUUGAAAAUGCCACAAGCAGGCAAGUGACCUUCUCAAAGCGAAGAAAUGGGCUUUUGAAGAAAGCUUAUGAGCUAUCAGUUCUAUGUGAUGCAGAAGUUGCAGUGAUCAUCUUUUCGCAGAAAGGAAGAUUGUCUGAGUUUGCGAGCAACGAAAUGCAAAAGACUAUAGAACGAUACCGUAAACAUGCAAAAGAAGUGCAAGCUGCAGGCAGUGUUGCUAAAGAACAACAUGUUCAGGAACUAACAGAAGAAUCGGCAGCGCUGGUGAAGAAGAUUGAGGAGCUUGAAAUUUCGCAAAGGUGCAAGAGUUUGAGUUUUCUCCUUUUGAUAAUGUUUGGUCCAGCUAACAGGUCACAUUUAACUUUGAAGUUUCUGUGUCUUAGGAAGCUUUUGGGACAAGGUUUAAGUUCUUGUUCUAUCGAAGAACUCCAAGAGAUACACAGCCAGCUCGAGAGGAGCUUAAGCAAUAUCAGGUCAAGAAAGGUUCAGUUGUUCAAGGAGCAGAUGGAGCAACUAAAAGCAAAGGAGAGGCUCUUGCUAGAAGAGAAUAUAAGAUUACGUGAAAAGUGUGCAGAGAACCACUGGCAGCAUCCAACACAACGGAAAGAAAUUAAAACAUACUUAAACUCAAGUAGUAAGAAGAAGUCGGAGGUGGAGACUGAAUUGUUCAUUGGACUUCCAGAAAUGCACUGUUAGUAGUUGUUUAUAUAAGCCUUAUGUUAUGAUUUGUAUUUAUAUAAGCUUUUAUCUUAUCUAAGCCAUAAAUGAUUACAGAACCAUCUAAUAAUAUAUCUACUCCUCGGAGCUUCUCUUUUA